GUCGGCAAAGGUCACACCACCAGUCCAAGCUGUUUAUUUUCUCACAGGUCGAAGAAAAUUAAUUGUAAUUAUUCGACAAGAUAUAAGAUAAAGUCGGUGAAAGCGGUGGAAAAUCACAGGCAGCCAUGUCGGCCUUCACGGAGUCGGCGCUCCUCAAGAAACUGGCGGAGCUGAACAGCAGCCAGCAGAGCAUCCAGACGCUAUCCUUGUGGCUGAUUCACCACCGCAAGCACAGUGCGGCGAUUGUGAAGACCUGGCAGCGGGAGCUGGAGAACGUUCCCGAGCCCAAGAAGCUGACCUUCAUGUACCUGGCCAACGAUGUCAUCCAGAACAGCAAGAAGAAGGGUCCCGAGUACGGCAAGGAGUUCAACCACGUGCUGGGCAAGGUGUUCGCCCACAUUGGCGAGAAGUGCGGCUCGGACAAGCUACUGGGCAGCCUGGGGCGCAUCCUGAACAUCUGGCUGGAGCGGGGCGUCUACGAUCCCAAGGUUAUUGCCGAUUGGCGGUCACGAUUGCACCGGGAAUCGACCGCCGCUGGCAGUGCCUCCUCCAGCAGCAAUGGCAAGUCCAACGGCAGCAGUGAAAAGCCGGAAAAGGAGCGGGAAAAGGAUAAGGAUCAUGCCAGCAGCAAGUCGGAGAAAUCCGAGCGGCGGGAGAAGCGCAAGCACGAGGAUCGUCACUCCAAGUCCAAGCGCCCGCGGCAACAUGCCCAGACCAGCAGCACCAGUAGUUCCAAUUAUGCCCCUCCAGCCGAAGAGGUAGUAGCUGUGGAGCCGGAGAACGGCCACACACCACCAUACUUGCCUUUGGGGGAGCCCCCGGAGCCCGAGGAGCUGAUCAAGGCUCUGACCAGCAUCGAGAACUCCGCUUCCAGUGAUGCGGUGGUGCGUGAGAGAAUCGCCAAGCUGCCGCAGGAAAUAUCCGAGAUCAGUUGCAUUAGCAAGCUGGAGGAUAAGGACAAGGCCAAGGCUUUGGCCGUGCAGGUCAACGAAGCUGUGGAUCUGUUGAACGAUUACAACGCUCGACUGGCGGCGGAGAUGGAGGAGCGCGCCAAGCUGGCCACCAUGCUGCGAGAUUUUCAAGUGGAGCAGAAGGAACUUCUCUCCCAGGCGGAGCUACGUCUCGAUGAACACAAGAAGAAGCUGGCCAAGAUGUUGGGCCUGCAGAAGGAGAUCCACGACCACCUCUCCAACCUGCCCGACCUGACCCAAUUGCCGGACGUGACCGGCGGACUGGCGCCCCUGCCCUCCGCAGGCGAUCUCUUCAACGCCCUGCAUUGAAUCAGAUCGAGACCCAGAUUCAGAUCCUGAUCCGUAAGGAGCCACAAUAAGUCAAGCCUAAAGUUUAUACAUAUAUUUGCAAUUGUCCCCCUUAUUCGCAUCCCCAGACACAAGUCCAAAAAUCCCCUGAUUGUAAUCCAAACACACCCCCUAAUGACGUUUAAUUAUAGCAUCUAUUUGCAAGCAACUUA